AUGGUCAAGGCUGUAGCUGUCCUCAAGGGUGACUCCUCUGUCAACGGUAUCAUCACCUUCACCCAGGAGAAGGAGGGUGGCCCCGUCACUGUCUCGGGUGACAUCAAGAACCUCGACGCCUCUGCCGAGCGAGGUUUCCACAUCCACGAGUUUGGAGACAACACCAACGGCUGUACCUCCGCCGGUCCCCACUUCAACCCCCACGGCAAGAACCACGGUGCCCCCGCUGACGCCGAGAGGCACGUCGGUGACCUCGGUAACGUCAAGACUGAUGCCAACGGUGUCGCCGCCGUCAACAUCUCUGACAAGUCCAUUUCCCUCUUCGGCGCCUACUCCAUUAUCGGCCGAACCGUCGUUGUCCACGCCGGCACCGAUGACCUCGGUAAGGGUGGCCACGCCGAGUCUCUCAAGACUGGUAACGCUGGUGGCCGAGCUGCCUGUGGUGUCAUUGGCAUCGCUGCCUAA